AUGUGUACAUCAGUGGCAAUGACUGAUGAAUGGCUUGUACCUGAUUUUCGUGUCGGUUGUUAUGCGCUUCAGUCUCUUCUUCAAUCUAGUCUCGAGUGUCUCUACAAUAUAACAUGUAUCAAUCAACUUAAAUCGAUCUAUUUCAAUUCAGAUUUCACUGUUCGAACACUUGAUCCUACGCUUUCUUCUCCUAACGCCACUGUUCAAACUCUUAUCGAUGAACUUCUGGUCGAUCGAUGGGACAGUAGCAUCGAUUAUAAUCAAUAUUAUUUAUCAUGUGCACCAAUUUCAUGUACAUAUUCGUUUAACAAACAAGUCGACGUCAUUUAUCUUGUGACAAGUAUAAUUGGCCUAUUCGGAGGAUUAACUGUUGCACUCAAGCUUUUCGUUCCUAUUUUGGUCAAAACAAUUCGAUAUUUCAAAAAUCAUCACCGUCGAAAUCGUACGAUCCCAUUAGCUAUAAUGAAAAUACAAAAUACAACACACAAAUUUUGA